AAGAGAGAGAGAGCAGGAGGCUUUCGAUUCAGUUUCGCAUUUUAGUUGAGUUCUUUUCACUCUUCACUCUUGUUUUCGCCUGUUGAAAAAAGCAUCCCUGUUCUCCAGGUCUGUCAUCCCUCUGCGACGGUUCACCGCGAUUGGCUGGCUCGGGGCAUUUCUCUCAGAACAGUGGGGAAGAUUGAGGAAGUCCUGCCAGCUCUAUCUCUGUAACGUGAAACUUGAGCAUGGGGAAGCAGAACAGCAAGCUGCGGCCGGAGGUGAUGCAGGAUCUGCUGGAGAGCACGGACUUCACCGAGCAUGAAAUCCAGGAGUGGUACAAGGGCUUCCUGCGGGACUGCCCCAGCGGCCACCUUUCCAUGGAGGAGUUCAAGAAGAUCUAUGGCAACUUCUUCCCCUACGGAGACGCCUCCAAGUUUGCUGAACAUGUAUUCCGCACCUUUGAUGCUAAUGGUGAUGGCACAAUAGACUUUCGGGAGUUUAUAAUUGCGCUCAGCGUCACAUCCCGAGGAAAGCUGGAGCAGAAACUGAAAUGGGCAUUUAGCAUGUAUGACUUGGAUGGGAAUGGAUACAUCAGCAAAGCAGAGAUGCUGGAAAUCGUACAGGCUAUUUAUAAAAUGGUGUCUUCAGUAAUGAAGAUGCCGGAGGAUGAGUCCACACCAGAGAAAAGAACAGAGAAGAUCUUUAGGCAGAUGGAUACCAACCGAGAUGGUAAAUUGUCCCUGGAGGAAUUCAUUAAGGGGGCGAAGAGUGACCCGUCUAUUGUGCGUCUGCUGCAGUGUGACCCCAGCAGUGCAGGACAGUUCUGAGACCAGCCUGCCCCUCUUUCUCCUCCUCCAUUUUAUUUAUUUAUGGGUUUUAUUUCCGUUUUGAUGCACAGUAACUCUCCGCUCCAACACAGGGACAAUGAGUGCCAAUUCAUAAGGGUCUGUGUCCCAUCAGAGUGAGCUUGACCAGAUAUAGGACUCCCCCUACAUACACACAAACUCUUUCCCCUUUUUUCCCUCUCUCUCUCUCUCUCUCUCUCUCUCUCUCUCUCUCUCUCUCUCUCUCUCUCACACACUCACACACACACACACACACACACACACACACACACACACACACACACACACACACACUCACUCUCACACUCUCUCUCUCACACACACUCACACACAAUAUAUGUGGAUCUCUGUGGGGAUUUCCCUCUGAUCUGGAUUGAGGUCCAGUGUGAGGCAGAGUGAUGAUAAUGAGAGCAUUUCUCUGUGCUGUGAACUGCUGCUGAAACUGCCUGAUAGGAGCACAUUGUAUGCUUCUUAUCAUGUUCUGUUCAUGCAGAGUCUAGCCUUUUUCUUGAGGGUGGAGAUAUUUUGGUCAAAUAAAAUCUGAACAGUGAAACGUAUCGUAUCAUUGACGCAUAUCGUAGAGUUUCGCAAGUGAAGCGAAGCGCUGUGGUAGAAGACCUUGAGGGGCCUACUUUAAGAACCCUACUUUUUGGCUUGAGUCUGUUGGGAAAUGUGUUGUCCAACAUUACAGUUACAACUAGACGUUGGUAUGGCCAUAAAUUCUUACCCUUGAUUUUUGACCAGCAAGGAUUUAAAAAAAAGCUGAACUUGCCUCACCAGAUGCCUCUUACCAGAAAUAUGAUUCUAACAUUUCAAACAGUUUCUGCACUAGCACCACACAGGCAGAUGUGGUUAGUUGUGUAGUUUUUUAGGUCAAAUAGUAUUUGUAAAAUCAUAGGCUACCACACCACUUUAACAUGUCCCUGAAACAUGGGAACUCAUGGGAAGACUAAUCCAGUACAUAUAUUGCUAUCAAGAGUGUUUUUUUUUUGUUUUUGUUUUUUUGUUUUUUAGUUGUUUUUGUUUUUGUUUUUUUGUUUUUGUUUCUUUUUUUUUGGUUGGUUUCUUGGGGUUUUUUUUUUUUGGGAGGGGAGGGGGUGCCCAACUUAACUUACUGUUGACUGGCUUGAGAUGAUAGACUUGGACCAUGGAGAAAUGGACCAUGGCUUUGGUUUCUUAACAGACCCUUAGUAAUUUGGUUUUGGUUUUUAGUUCCUGAAAUUCCCAGUAAUGACUGUUCAAGUAAGCUGUCAGGUGAGGAUUGUACCAGUAUAUUAAGAUAACUCCUGUCCAUUUUGUGUGCCUAUUUCAGCAUUUCAGCUGCUGCUCCAAAUGGAGAACUGGUGAUUUUGCUGGUCAAUCAGAUUGUCUUAAACUGUCCAUCAUGUCUGUUGAACCAGUCACAUAAAGACACCCUACAGGUGUCCUCCUGGAAUGCAGCAAUGUCAGUGUUGUGUUCUCCUUGGACAUGAAGCAUGAAGUUAGUGAAAGAAUAAAAUAGACAGGAACUAUUUCAAGAGACUGAUGUAAUUUUUACCUGACCAAAUUUCUUCUGUCAUUCAAGGCAAUUGAAUGCUUAACCAAGUAUUAGAGAAGAAAUGAUGCAUCGACUAAUUUUUAUUCCAGGGAGCUUACUUGCCCUUUUAACUAUUAGCAUAUCAGUGUUACUAAUCCUGAAACCUGUUAGUCAGCACCUGAAUCGUACAUUAUGUACGACACUACACAUUUUAGACUGAUCCUAAAAAGCCAUAUUAUCGCGUGUUGGAAACAAAAUUUUCUCUCAGAAGUUGUGUUGUCUGAAGGAAGUGAAAUGAAGAAUUGUGGGAUUUUCCUGUGGUUUGCGUAGGCCUGUAUAGGUUUUUUUUUCUCCUUUUUUCUUUUUCAAAUCAUGAAACACCAGACACGCAUGCAAAACUGUUAUCAAAAUGCUAUUUUAAGAUGCAACAUCUGCUCAUUUUUGGUGGCUUUAGUGGAGCAUGUUAAAUAAAUUUGAACUGUGUAUGGAAGAGAAACUAUUUGUGUUAUAUGUAUGCAUGCAUGUUUGUGUGUGUAUGUGUGUGGCUCUGGUGCCCUGGUACUGUUUGCUCACACUGCUGUCAGUGGUCUAUUACAUUGUCGCAGAAGGCAUGUGAAUGCCAAAACUGCAAUAUUUAUGAUGGAAGAGGUGAAAUAUUCAAAAUGUGGACAUUAUUCAAGUUACUGAUCUGCCACACACAAACAUGCACACACGCAGAAUUAAGUGUUUCUAUGGAUGACUGUUUUUUACAUCCGCAUAUUGCUUCUUCUUUUAUUUUUAUUAUUUUAAUAGUGCUAUAUUUGCAGAAAUAGCUGCCUGCAGUGCUGAAGCGUAAUGUAGAAUUAGCCCUGUAGCCUGUUGAUCUUGGAAGAGCAUCUAGAACAACUCAUCAAAGCCAAGUUUCCUGAAAGCAUUAUAGUGUUAAGAUCAUCUUAUCACUUAGAGAGAACGAGUAAGGCUCGCUCUGCCAUCUGACGAUGAUCUUUGUGUUAAGUUUUUGCAAAACUCGUCCGCGCUAGGAUUGAAUAGAUGUUUAUAUACAUAUUUCCACCUGGUUCAGAGAUGUCAGCAACAUUUAUUUACAUAUCCAACAUGUAUAUGAUGUUAUCUUCGAUGUCUCUGCAUGUGGGAUCUGAUCUCAUCUUUCUGACAUUGACCACAGUAGUUUACCAUUAAGUAAAUAAGCAUAAGAUGGUAACUUAGCUAAACGGAAAAAAAUGGGUUUAAAAAAAGAACAGGAAAAGCAAGGGCAGUUUUAACAUUAGAGCUUGCUGUCAACCCCCAACUAUGAUGGGGCCUUGAUUGUCCCUCCAAAACCCUUUAUUCCAUUCUCUAUACUUGAACACUCCAAGUGCACUUGAUGCCAUUGAUCAACAGCUGGCUAAGUCCACUUGCUGUACUCAGGUAGGAAGAAUGGAACUUGCCAGUAGUAAUGCUCAUUUAUCCACCAGUUCACUCCAUCCUCCAUCACCUCCUGCUCUGCUUUCAGUAAGCAUGCUAAGCACAUGGAGCUCCAGAAUCCUUCUGUUGCUGCUGCUGUUGUACGUUUUGAAUGCCACUGCAAAUUGUUGAAUGCCUCAAUGCAGUGAAUUCAGUACUGCGAUACUGUUAAUUGGACAAAUCUGAAUGUUUGUUUUUUUUUCUUUCUAAUAAACUGCUGUUUGUAAAGUUGAAAAAAAAUGUUUAAAUAAGAUCACAACUACUGCAAUGAUAAUUCCAUGUUUUAUGCAUAUGUUAUUUUUUAUUUUUUCCUUCUUUUUAGGCAUUGGACAUAACAUUUCUGUAUCACAUAAUUAUAUCAUGUGGUCAGGUGCCAAAUAUACAGAAACAGUAUUGUAUAAAUUUAUACUGUACAAUUGUUAUUUGUCGAACAAAAAGUUUGUAAUUGUUGCAUUUUUGUAGAUUUUGUAUGGUAACCUGUAUUUUGUGACUAUGUCAAUUUGAGGUAUAGAAAUCUGUUUUGGUUAUCCUAUAAAGCAAAGAUUAAAUCUGGAAAAUGGC